AUGCCCUUCUUCACGAAGCAGGCCUCCCUGACCUGGAUGUUCCUUUGCUCGGUGCAUCCAUCUCUCGCCUUUUUCAAAGUGCCUUGCAGCUCGCCCCUGGUCAUUGAACAAGUAGACCCAAUCGUCUCGCCCGGAGUUGCGUCCAACCAUGUUCACACCGUUUUGGGCGGAUCCGGCUUCGGAUUCACAAUGGACUACAACAUGACCCAGACAUCGCAGUGCAGCUCAUGCUCAGCGAUUCAGGAUAAGUCCAAUUACUGGGUUGCCGCGUUGUAUUAUCAAGCUCAGAAUGGAAGCUUCACGCAAGUGCCACAGAAUGGCGGUGCACUCAUCUACUAUGAACAGAGGCCUGACCCUACUACCAAUGGCACAAUCGUCGCACCUCCGGCCGGGUUCCGCAUGAUCGCCGGAAAUCCUCUUGACCGCAGCGAUAAAGGCACAAUCGAGACUAAUGCUCGAAGCUUCGCCUGCUUGAACUAUAAUGCCCCAGGCACUCCGCAGACACCCAACUUCCCAACUACCAACUGUCCCGAUGGUCUCCGUGCGCAAGUCUAUUUCCCAUCCUGCUGGGACGGUGUCAACCUAGAUAGCUCUGACCACAAGUCCCAUGUGGCCUAUCCUACCCAGGAGUACGAUAAUGGACCUUGCCCUGCAACUCACCCGGUGCGAAUUAUCUCGAUUUUCAUCGAAGUCAAUUGGCACACCGAGCAGUUUGGGGACAUGUGGUAUGGUGAUCAACAGCCAUUCGUCUUUUCCUUUGGUGACCCCACUGGCUACGGGUUGCAUGGAGACUUCGCAAACGCCAUCAACACUUGCGAUGACGGAGGCGGUGAUAUCACCAAGUGUGAGCCGAUUACCCUCCAGCCCGAUUAUGUUACCGACGGCUGCAUUCUCGAGCGCUCGAUUGACGAGCAGGUCGACGGUUGGCUCGAUGCCCUCCCAGGCUGCAACCCAGUCCAGCCUGGCCCAAAUGAUGCUCAAUUUAUGAGCGGUUGUGGCGCGCCAACUGAAAUUGGCCAGCCUCUGCAUUACUACACCGAUCUCACCAGUAGUCAUCAAUGGGAGUGGAUCGGAUGUACCCAGGACAAUGUCGGCGGUGUGCGUAUCCUGACUGGUUCUUCCGGGGAUAUCUCUGAUAUGACUCCGGCUGCAUGCGUUGAGCAAUGCAUUGCCGAUGGUUACACCAUUGCCGGCGUGGAGGAUGAAAAUCAGUGCUUCUGUGGCAACAGUAUUCCCACGAAAGAUAUGCCCACCGUCACUCCCAUGGGUAACUGCCUGAUGCCCUGCGCUGGUGAUCCUCUCCAAAACUGUGGAGGGUAUGGUUUCAUCGGCCUGUAUCAGAAGUGUGAUGGAUCUUGCAGCAACCUUCAGUACCCUGUGGUUCCUCACUAA